AUGGUGCCCGCCCGUGUUGCGCUGGCACUAAUCAGCGCGCUGGGUGCCACCAUGAUCUAUAUGAUAAGAAUCAAUCUCUCCGUAGCCAUCGUCGAUAUGGUGGUCACUGUAUCAGCUACGGACGCGUCGAGUCGAACCAACGUCGUGCCGCACUGUUUUGAGGGCCAGGAAAGUGAUAUAAACAAGACGGAGAAUGCUCAUUUAAAUACCAAGAAUCUUCUAGAUCUUAAGAACAUGACUUCUAAUAAACUAAAUUUUUCUGACGAACAGUAUGCGGACAAGCUAUUCCUGACAAGCGGCCAACGAGGAUCUGUCCUGGCUGCCUUUUUCUACGGAUAUUUUCUGACGGGGAUCAUCGGAGGACGACUUGCGGAAACCUACGGCACCAAAGUCGUCGUUGGAACCUCGGCCUUCUUAGGGAGUCUCCUCACCCUGCUGACCCCCGUGGCCGCGCGCACGCACUACAUUGCCCUCAUCGUGCUUCGGGUUGCCAUGGGGUUGGCGCAGAACGGCCUGCUCUCUUCCCUCCCCUUCCUGACGCGCUACCUCGGUGGGAACAGUCUCAGCUGGCUCGGGGACCUCCUGGUGGCUCGGGAGUGGCUGCAGAAGAGGAAUUCUCGCCGGCUGUUCACUUCUAUAGGCUUAUGUAUCCCCGCCGUGAUGCUGGCCAUUGUAGGAUACGUGGGAUGCAACAGCGCGGCCGCCAUGACCAUCCUAUGUAUCGGGACAUUCUCCAAUGGCGCGACUGUAUCCGGAUACGUGGCCAACCAGCAUGAUAUUGCACCCAACUUCGCCGGAACUAUGUUGGGCAUUAGUAACAUGUUUGCCUUCGCAGGAGCUAUGUUGGCUCCUAUUAUAGUAGGCGUUAUGACACCCGACCAGACUCCGGGCCAGUGGCAAUCGGCGUUCUGGGUGGCCACCGUGAUCUACAUCCUCGCUGCAACAUUUUUCUUUUUCGCUUGUUCCUCCGAGUUGCAACCCUGGAACUUCGCGGGUUCCGGAGGCGCGGACGGAGCCAAGGAGAGAGAGGAGGGCAUGACCUUCCUGAAGGAGAGGCAGAAGGUGCAGGUGGUGGCCAAGAAAGAUCGGAGUACGCAUUGUUAAGAACUGGAAGAAGUAGGCCUAUAGAUUUUUUUUUCUUGUUAGGUUGGCUUCAACAUAUCUUCUUCUUUUUAUAAAAUGUUUUUCUUUCGAUUUAUUUUUGGUCGAGUACAGUGAUUUGUCUAUAAUCAUCUGUUGAGCAAUUCUUUUGUGAUGAAUCUAACUAUAUCUUUGUAAAAUAUUCGUUGCAACGGAGUAUUGUAUUUAAGAUUUUUUUUAGGUCAGAUAUCUUUCAUAUUUUUUCCUGAUAGUAAAUAAAUAAGAACAUAUACGAAAUAAAUGUAAAAAAAAAUCCUAAAAACCUUUAUGUCUUAUGUACAGAUAAAUGGAGCAUGUUUCUAACAUACUCAGCCAAACGACCCCACCUCCAGAUGACGUGUGUGUAGACCAUUUCCCUCACCCCCCUCUCCCCCUCCCUCCUUCUCCCUCUCCCCAUGACGAAGAGGAUGAAACACGCCACUGUAAUACAUUUUCCCUAUCCUUCCAUCUCACAAAUUUUCGAUUCAUUAUCAACACUUCACGCCUUUA